AUGGCGGUUACAAAACGCGCAGGGCGCAAGAAGGAGACGGCGGCCGGCAGAGGACAGCCCACCUCGCAGUUCGCGAAGAAGGCCGUCUUCGAGACCACGAAGAAGAAGGAGGUGGGCGUGUCAGAUCUGACACUGAUCAGUAAGGUCUCAAACGAGGCCAUCAACGAGAAUCUGAAAAAACGGUUCGAGAAUGGCGAAAUUUACACAUACAUUGGGCAUGUGUUGGUAUCGGUCAACCCGUUCCGCGACUUGGGCAUAUACACAGACCAAGUCCUGGACAGCUACAAGGGCAAGAAUAGGCUGGAAGUGCCGCCCCAUGUUUUCGCAAUCGCCGAGUCAACAUACUACAACAUGAACGCAUACAAGGAGAACCAAUGUGUCAUCAUCUCGGGAGAAUCUGGAGCAGGAAAAACUGAAGCCGCAAAACGGAUCAUGCAGUACAUUGCAAACGUAUCAAGCGGGUCCAAUUCGUCGAUUCAGGAGAUCAAGGACAUGGUGCUGGCCACGAAUCCUCUGCUCGAAUCUUUUGGAAACGCAAAGACGUUGCGAAACAACAACUCCUCGCGAUUCGGAAAAUAUCUCGAGAUCCAUUUCAAUUCACAGGGAGAGCCUGUGGGAGCAAACAUUAAUAAUUACCUACUAGAGAAAUCGCGAGUGGUGGGCCAGAUUGUGAAUGAGCGAAAUUUCCACAUUUUCUACCAGUUCACAAAAGCAGCGUCACCACAGUAUCGGGAAAUAUUCGGUCUGCAACAACCGAAUGCCUACCUAUACACCAGCCGAUCAAAGUGUUUCGACGUUGACGGAAUCAACGACCACGCAGAGUUCGAUGACACCCUGAACGCCAUGAAGGUUAUUGGUCUCCAGCAAGCUGAGCAGGAUAAUAUAUUCCGUAUGCUUGCGGCGAUAUUGUGGCUGGGAAAUGUCUCCUUUCGAGAAGACGACUCAGGAAAUGCCUCCAUUGUCGACCAGUCAGUGGUCGAUUUUGUCGCAUACCUUUUGGAAGUGGAUGCGGCGCAUGUCAACAAAGCUCUUACGAUCCGAGUUAUGGAGACUAGCCGCGGAGGACGCCGAGGAUCCGUAUACGAUGUGCCUUUGAACUGCGCCCAGGCGAUGUCAGUACGAGAUGCGCUAUCUAAAGCAAUCUACUUCAACCUGUUUGACUGGAUCGUGGAGCGCGUCAACCUGUCCCUGAAAGCACGAAGCGAAACAGCUCAUUCUAUCGGAAUUUUGGAUAUUUACGGCUUCGAGAUUUUCGAGCGGAACAGCUUCGAGCAGCUGUGUAUUAAUUACGUCAAUGAAAAACUUCAACAGAUUUUCAUCCAAUUGACGCUGAAGGCGGAACAAGAAGAGUAUGAGCGAGAACAGAUCAAGUGGACCCCAAUCAAGUAUUUCGACAACAAAGUCGUGUGCGAAUUGAUUGAAGAGAAGAGACCACCGGGCGUCUUCGCAGCCUUGAACGAUGCUUGCGCGACAGCACACGCGGAUCCGACGGCAGCUGAUCAGACAUUCGUGCAAAGAUUGAACGCACUUUCCGGCAAUCCGAACUUCCAACCUCGCCAGGGUCAGUUCGUUAUCAAACAUUACGCUGGUGAUGUGUCGUACGCAAUCGAUGGCAUGACAGACAAAAACAAGGAUCAGUUGUUGAAGGAUUUGUUGAACCUGCUGGGCCAAAGUGGCAACACUUUCGUCCACACUCUCUUCCCGAAUCAAGUCGAUCAGGACAACAGGCGACGACCACCAACGGCCGGUGAUAAGAUCAAGGCCUCGGCGAACGACCUAGUCACAACCCUCAUGCAAGCCAAACCAUCGUAUAUUCGAACCAUCAAGCCAAACGAGAACAAGUCGCCAAAGGAGUACAAUGAGGCGAAUGUUCUUCACCAGAUCAAGUAUCUUGGUCUACAGGAGAACGUACGUAUUCGACGAGCCGGUUUUGCAUCCCGUCAAACCUUCGAUAAAUUUGUGGAGCGAUUUUUCCUGUUGUCGCCCAAGUGCUCGUAUGCGGGCGAGUACACCUGGACUGGAGACUACGAGUCUGGAGCCAAGACAAUUCUAAAGGACACCAAUAUCCCAAUUGAAGAGUUCCAAAUGGGCGUGACCAAGGUGUUUAUUAAGACACCUGAGACGCUCUUUGCGCUGGAGACAAUGCGCGACAAGUACUGGCACAACAUGGCCAUUCGCAUUCAACGCGCCUGGAGGAACUACCUACGGUACCGCAUUGAGUGUGCGACGCGCAUUCAACGAUUCUGGAGAAAGCUCAAUGGCGGCAAGGAGUUCAUUGAGCUGCGUGAUCAAGGUCACAAGGUUCUUCAAGGCCGAAAGGAGAGAAGAAGAUACAGUCUGGUUGGGUACCGAAGAUUCAUGGGAGACUACCUUGGUAUCGGUAAUAGAGGGGGACCAGGCGAGAUGAUUGCACAAGCCAUCGGAAUAUCGAAUGAGGAGGUACCCUUCUCAUGUCGAGCAGAGAUGCUGGUCUCGAAGCUUGGCAGAUCAAGUAAGCCAGAGCCACGGAUGCUCAUUCUUACGAAGAAAAAUGUCUACUUGGUCAAGCAGGUAAUGGUCAACAGACAGGUCCAAAUCCAAGCGGAUCGAACCAUACCUGUGGGAGCCAUCAAGUUCAUCAGCUGUUCUACGUUGAAGGAUGACUGGUUUGCAAUUGGUGCUGGAUCGCCUUCAGAACCGGAUCCACUGGUGAACUGCGUCUUCAAGACGGAGUUCUUCACACAUCUGACCAAUGUACUACGGGGAUCUCUGAACCUGAGGAUUGGUGAUACCAUCGAGUACAACAAGAAGCCUGGCAAACUAGCCAACGUUAAGGUAGUCAAGGAUCCUGCGAUACCACGAGACGACCUCUACAAGAGCGGUACCGUACACACCGGCCCCGGCGAACCACCGAACUCGAUAUCCAAGCCCACGCCCAAAGGCAAACAAGUGGCCGCCAAACCGAUCACAAAGGGCAAACUCCUACGGCCCGGUGGUCCCGGCGGCGGACCGUCCAAGCUGGCUAGUCGCCCAGCGCAACCGAAACCUGUGCCUCAGCCUGCUACUGUACCGCAGCCUGCUGUAUCACAACCACGUGUUGUGCCUCAGCCCGUUGCAGCGCUGUCAAAUGGUCACGACCGCAACUCGUCGGCAGCGUCGAACCGGGUUCCGCCGCCGCCUCCUCCGCCUGUUGCACCCGCAGCUCCCCCUGCCCAACCAAAGGAGCCAAGGUACAAGGCGUUGUAUGAUUUUGCGGGACAGUCGGCUGGAGAAUUGAGUUUGGGUAAGGAUGAGAUUAUCCUGGUCACGCAAAAGGAAGACAAUGGCUGGUGGCUAGCAUCCCGCCUCGAUAAAUCUGCGUCUGGUUGGGCACCUUCUGCUUAUCUUGAGGAAGUCAUUGUUCGUGCUCCUGCGCCUCCGCCACCCCCCCCUGCCCGUCCGGCAAACGGCAAACCAAAGCCCCCUGCGCCGCCAGGCAAACGUCCCGCAGCGCGAAAACCUGUAUCUGCUGUCAAUGGGGAUAGUGCGAGGGAUAGCGGAUACAGCGGAAGUGGGGGCAGCACGGUAGAAGCUGGGCCGAGAGAUAGUGGGGGAAGUAUUGCGGGGGGUUUGGCGGAGGCUUUGAGGCAGAGACAGGCGGCUAUGCAUGGCAAAAAGUCGGAGGAUGAUUGGCAAGAAUGGACGGUGGGGAGCGGGAGGGAGGGGAAGUGCGAGAUAGAAGUUUACUCCAAUAACGUAAAGAUAUUGUUUUUUCAUCUCAUUCUGCCGGCCUUUCUGUCUUGGCUGUGUUUCAUGUGGUUCUUGAAGGAAGCGGAUUGCCAAACAACAAUCAUCCAAGUUCUUAUAGGCAAGGCUAUGUCGGCCAGCUGA